AUGUAUCCAUCGCAACAUCCACCACCGGGGCCGACGCCAAAGUCAGAGUACGAUCAAUAUCCUAUGCACGAAACCCAAUUCGUGCCGCAACCUAUUGAUCGCAAUUCCCCUUUUGCGGACCCGUAUCCGGAGGAGCCCGCGCAUCAGCCUGGCGCUUAUGACCACCAACCUUUAUUACGAGACAACUCGGCGCCUUCGUACCAAGAACCGUAUCCUCAUCAUCAACCUUCGCCCGUCUCACCCGGUGCUGUGUAUCCUCAGUUUGCACCGCCAUCUCCCAAUAUUCGAUAUGGCGAAGCUCCCCGACGUCAGCCACGUCGUUAUAAAACAACACGAAAGGUUAAACUUACACGUGGUAACUUGGUGCUUGAUUGUCCUGUGCCCAGUCGAUAUUUGCAAUCGGUGCCUAUUAAAGAUUCCAAAGAGUUCACGCAUAUGCGUUAUACCGCCGCAACGUGCGAUCCCAAAGAUUUCGAAUCCGAAGGCUACACUUUGCGACAGCAGUUGCUGAAGCGAGAGACAGAGUUGUUUAUCGUCCUGACAAUGUACAACGAAGAUGAAAUUUUGUUUGCGCGUACCAUGCACGGUGUGAUGAAAAACAUUGCUCAUCUCUGUACUCGCGAUCGGUCACGUACUUGGGGUCCAGAGGGUUGGAAAAAGGUUACGGUCUGUAUUGUGUCCGAUGGUCGUAAUAAAAUCCAUCCUCGUACUCUGUCCCUUUUGGCCACCCUCGGUGUCUAUCAGGACGGUGUGGCUAAAAAUAUCGUCGGCGAUAAACCCGUGACAGCUCAUAUUUACGAGUACACAACCCAACUGUCAGUGGAUCCGGACAUGAAAUUCAAGGGUGCUGAUAAGGGUAUGGUGCCGUGUCAAAUGUUGUUCUGUUUGAAGGAAAAGAAUCAAAAGAAGAUCAACUCGCAUCGCUGGUUCUUCCAAGCUUUUGGUCCUCUUGUGAAACCCAACGUUUGCGUACUGAUCGAUGUUGGUACACGACCCGGUCAUACUUCCAUCUACCAUUUGUGGAAAGCCUUCGAUAUCAAUUCUAAUGUGGCCGGUGCUUGCGGUGAAAUUCGUGCCAUGACAGGUACCGCUGGUGUGGCUCUUUUGAAUCCACUGGUGGCCGCUCAGAAUUUCGAAUACAAGAUGUCCAAUAUUCUUGACAAGCCCCUUGAAUCCGUGUUUGGUUACAUUUCCGUCCUGCCCGGUGCUUUCUCGGCUUACCGUUAUUCUGCGCUUCAGAAUGAUGCCAACGGACAUGGUCCAUUGGAAAAGUACUUUUUGGGUGAAACUCAGCACGGUGGAGAUGCCGAUAUCUUUACCGCCAACAUGUACUUGGCCGAAGAUCGUAUCUUGUGUUACGAACUCGUUGCUAAGAAAGAAGCCCACUGGGUUCUGCAUUAUGUAUCCAGUGCUUAUGGUGAAACCGAUGUUCCCGAUAAGGUGCCUGAAUUCAUUUCUCAACGUCGACGUUGGCUCAACGGUUCUUUCUUUGCUGGUAUCUAUGCUUUAUACCAUUGGCGUAAAGUGUGGACUUCCGAUCAUUCUUUCAUUCGAAAGUUCAUGUUCAUGAUUGAAGAUUUGUAUAAUACUUACAAUUUAAUUUUCUCUUGGUUUGCUUUGGGUAAUUUCUAUUUGACCUUCUUUAUCUUGACAAGCGCUCUUGGUUCCGAUACCUUGGAUCCCAAACCGUUCUCGGCCGAAGUCGCCAAGAUUUUACACACUGUCCUCAAUUAUGUCUACGUGCUGUUGCUGAUUGUUCAGUUCAUCAUUGCCCUUGGUAACCGUCCUCAGGGUUCAAAAUGGGCUUACAUCGGCAGUAUGGUAUUCUUUGCUUUCUUGAUGGCGUACAUGAUGUUUGCAACGAUUUGGAUUACCGUUGUCGGUGUACGGGCCGUGGUGGAGAACGCGGAUGGCUCGGUGUUGUCUAUGCUUGGACAAUCCACGUUCCGCAACAUCAUCAUUUCCGUGUGUUCGACUUAUGUGAUGUACUUCCUUGCAAGUUUCCUGUUUUUCGAUCCCUGGCACAUGUUUACCAGUUUCCUCCAGUACAUUUUCCUGUCACCCAGUUAUACCAAUAUCCUUAAUAUCUAUGCCUUCUGUAACACCCACGACGUUUCCUGGGGUACCAAGGGUGACAACACCGUGGCCACGGAUUUGGGUGUGGUCAAAGCCAAGAAGGAUGCCAGUGGCGAACAUACCGUGGAAGUGGAAGUGCCAACGGAACAAAAGGAUAUCAACGAAGCUUACGAGGACGCAUGUCUGGAAUUGACCAAGGUCGUGCCACCGGAGAAGGAACAUCGCGAUGCCAAAACCAAGCAGGAAGAUUAUUAUCGAUCCUUCCGUACUCGAUUGGUCUUGUCGUGGAUUAUCUCUAAUCUUGCUCUGGUUGUCAUCAUUACCAAUACCGCCAUUCUCAACGAUUUCAGUACCUUUGAGGAACGAAGCACCAUUUACCUUGGUUUCAUUCUUUGGAGUGUUGCGGGUCUUUCCGCCGUACGCUUCCUUGGUUCCUGUCUCUACCUCAUUUUCCGCAUUUUCACUGGCUAA